CUUGCUGUGGUUUGAGCUGCCGACGAUGAUACUCCCCGGGAGGACUGUCUGAACAUCGUCUCGUGCGGGUGUGCUGCUUCUGCCACCCGGGGCCGUAGGCGCAGCGCACCCCAAGUUUGUGGCUGAUAUCAUUCCAAUGCCACCGCAGCGAAUUUUGAUAUGUACAAUUUAUAGACGAAACGGGAGCUAGCCCUGGUAGUUGGGGGCUUUGCAGGUCCCGCCUCAUAUGGACGAGGUCGAAUCGCACACACGAGGGACCGGACGGACCCAUGGCUCCUAACUGUCAGGUCCCUAUCACCCCUGUCGGCCAGCUCAUCUGCUGCCCUUUAAGUUCCGGAUGUUGACGUUGUCGUGUCUCGACGAUGGAUCGCCUUCAACUACCUGAGCAUAGCGACGCUCGUUGAUCGACUCACCACGCCCUCUGUAAAAUCAUUGUUAUUUUGCGAGCAGUCCUCCGUUGGUCAUCUGUCACACACAGUUCAGACGUCUUGUCGCUUCACGUUCUCUGGCAAACUCGGGUGGUCUAGUUCCCGGUCUCAACAAUGACCAGGCUGCAGAAGCAGCAACCGCCUGCCUCCACAGGCAAACCCAAUGCGCCGGCACCGCUGCACACUGCGGUCCCUUACGAGACGCUCCCAUUGACCGACCGGCAGCCCGUCCUCGUCUCCAGCACCGUGAAACCCAGUACAUACAAAGAACUACCCUCGACCAACCCUUUUUCUCCGCACUAUGUCCCUCCAGAACAUCAAUCGGACGCGCAAUCGAAUCCCUUUUCGCCAGUGUCCCCCUUAGUGGAGUCGCCGUCCAUGACACGGGAACAGCAGCCGCAAAUCGUCGCGCCACGACCACAGAGACCUGAUGUCGGCCAAAGAAUCCCGGUUGAUCUGCGGCGUCUGGAUGCAAAGUCCUGCUCUGUCUCGCAGCCUCCAGAGAAGCCUGUAAAGCCGGUUAGGGUCGCGAAAGAUAUGUUUGACGGCGCGCUUCCGCCUGUGUAUAAGCGCGAAGCAUCUCAGCCGACCAGCUUUAGCAGCGAUUCGGCUCCAAGGUCGAGCACGCAUCAAUGUGGGAAAUGUGGAAAGAGGCGAAGCGAGGGGCAUGCCAUGCAUGGCAACAGCUGCACACAAUGCGGGAAACGAAAGGCUAGUGCACCCGCUGCGAUAUCUGCCCAAAGUCCCUCUGUUGCCCCCGGCGCUCAUGGGCGCAAACCAUCCGAGGGAAGUUCGUCCCAUCAGUCCAAACAUUCGUUUAGCACCGCGAGCCCGGUCAACUCCCCACGUUCGCCAUCUGAGAAGUACUGCACCAAAUGUGGCAGACACAAACGACCGACCUCAGAUGCAACGUUGCAGUCGCCCAGUGCUAGGUUGAGUCCCACUACUGCACAAACCGGAGCCACAGACCAUACUUCUGCGAGGGUGAAGUCGGCCGGACUAUCUAUACAGCCAGAUAUGCAUGGGAUUCAUAAUCCAGUGUAUCCCAAAAUCGAUGUGAUCCCGCCAUCAGCGUCGAGCUACAGGCCAUUGAACUCGGCCCUUUCGAACUAUGGAGAUGAAUCACCUUUGGUCGGGAGCGCCACGAAGCAGGAAUUCAAACUUUUCCGCAACUCGUCCCUGGCCCGCUCGUUGUCACGGCGUCUGAGCAGGAAGAACAGGACGGUAUCUGCUCCUCUUCCCAGCCAGCAACUGGCUGCUGAUGAGCAUCCAUCUGGGGAACACAGUGCUGGGAGACUCAUCAACAUGAUCAGCAACGCGAUGCAAACUCCACCACAUGACCACAGUGCACAAUAUUCCAUGCUGGACCCAGUGUCCCAGCCGGAUCGUCCCACGACUCCCUUUUCUUUCGUGGGUGGGAAAGAUGACCAAGACGCGUUUGAGAUGGUCGACCUGCGUGAUAGAAGCUCCUUCUCCGAGAAGAACAGCCUGGAACAGGUUAGAGAAGACAUGCCGGUCAUGCCUCUUGACGAUCAUCAAACUACGAUCCCGCAGGAUACUAUCGAUGUUAUUCCCAGAUCAAAAUCGGCGGAGCCCCAUGGCCAGCACUUGUCCGUCCAGGAUGCGGAGCAGCGACCGCAAAUUACGAGGUUCAAGAGUCUGAGAAGCGGCGUCUCAAGGAUGAACAGCACCGUGAGCAGAUCAACUAGUUUGAAGAGACUCGGCAGUCUGAAGACCGUUCACCACAACUGGUACAGGAAUGAUAUGGCAAUUGAAGGCGCAACAAGUGAUAAUGUUAUUGCUGCUUUUUGACCGGAAAAGAUGGAUCACCCUUGAUAGCAUGCGUUCAUGAUCACGAUUUGGUUGAUGACACCACGUAAUUUUAGUUAAUUUCAUAGUUUUCCAGGUUUACUGUAAUGUUCAAUUCAGACGCCGCAUCCAUGAGUUCAAAA